GAGCCUCGUAGUCAUAGAACAAAUUCGUCGUCGUCUUUUGCGCGCGCUACGGUACGGCGUUUCGGUGGAGCGUGGCGGCAGUGGCGGCAGAAUCUAUGGAAGAAUGCUUUAUGUGUGCAAAUCGUUUUGAACGCUUGCCUUCUGGUGAAUGUCUUACGGUGCCAGUGACCAGCAACCCCCAGCCACGAUGAGCUCAUUGGAGAAUGUGCAAUCACUGCAGAACAAGCUUCUUAUGCUCAACCUUUUGACAACGUCUCAACUCAGCAAGAGCUACAGCGCAUUUGCUAGCCAACUGGACCCUCAAAAUGUUGUACAGUUCUUCAAAUGCAUGGAAAGCUCUUGUGACUUUUGCACUGAUAAAGAAGACAACUUCAAGGAUCAUUUGCGUGCUCAUGUGGACCCUGCACACUGCACCUACUGCAAUGAGGUUGCUGUGAAUGAGCAGCACCUGGUUGAGCACAUGGUAACAGAACAUGGUUCUUGCAGAUUCCAGUGUGCAUUGUGCUUUUACAGGUCACAGACAGUGACUCACAUGCGAGUCCACGGCAUAAUGGUGCACAGAUCUAAAGCUGUGUUCUGGUACAUGUGCAGGGAGAAGGCACCACUCAACCCUAAACUUGUUGGCCAUGAAAAAGACCAUAUUGGUGGUUACAUGUGCAAGGAUUGCAGCUUCAAGAGCCACUGCACGGAACGCUUUUUUGAACAUCUUGCAGUCGUUCAUUCGGGGUUUUUUUCUGUUCCUUGUCACAUUUGUUCUGUACAAAUGGACAGUCCAAAUGCUCUCAUUGACCAUUAUACAGAAAAGCACAACAUACAUGCAUUUCACUGCCUCUAUUGUGACUUUGGGAGCCAAUUCGAUUGGGAUGUGAUUGUCCAUGUGACCAUGUGCCAUCCGGCUAAGCCUUUCAAGAUUUUCUGCCGUGGAAAGGAGCUGCCACCAUCCUUCAGAACACUGAAAGACUUAGAAAGGUCAAACAUAAGUGAUGGCAUUCCUGCCAGUUUCAGCAGCCUUUCACCACAUAAUAGUCUCAAAGAUAAAUGGCAAAAAAGUGCUCAAGACAAAAAACCCAGUCCCGACACUGAUGUUGAUGUCAAAUUAGCAGUUAAAAAUGAUUUGCCAGUAAAAUGUGGCAACUCAGGGAAGGACGUGCUUACAUCUGUAUUCGCUACAUCAGAAACCAAAUGCAAAUGCGGUGCUAUCUUCAAAGAUGUUGCCAUGUUUUUUCAACACCUGACUGAGAAACAUGGGCAGGAAUGUGGUUUUGACUGUCCGAAGUGCGUGCAGCUCAGAAGUGCCUCGGUAGAUGAUUUGUUUGCACACUUUGUGGACUUGCACACGGCCUUUCUUCGUUGCUGCUACAAGAACUGUGUCUUCCUUGGUGAGAGCCAGCAAAGUGUUGAUGACCAUGUAAUACAAGCACACCAGCACUUUGAUUUGCCCCAAGAGGAUGUCACAGUGGCUGAUCAUGAAGAAACUUUCCCGAACACUGGAAGUGGCAUAGUACACCCAUAUUCUCUUGAAGAGUCUACUGAAAAAAAAGAUGAGCACCUUCUAGAAAGUGGCAUUGUUUAUACCUGCAGCCUCUGUUGCCAGACUGAAAUGGAGCCAUUAGACUAUUUUCGACACAUGUCACUAGGUCAUGGCAUCAAGUUCUUCUGCGGUCAUUGCAAGAAGGGCUACAAACUGUGGAAGCAGAUGAUGAUGCACCACAGCCGCUGCCACUCGGAAUUGCAGCUUUCAGUGAAGAGCUUUGAAAGAAAUAAGCUGAAAGACGUGACUUCAGAAUUGCAGUCAGACUGCAAUAAUGAAGGGCAAGGUGGAGUGGAGAACAAAUUGGCAAAAAGCAAGGAUGCAGAACAUAAGACUGCCGGAAGUCCAGCAAAAAGCACAGUUGCCAUGAAGCCCUCCAAACGUCGCUUCAGGAUGACAGCGUCAACGGCUGCAACAAGCAUUGAUCCUAACAAGCGUCACAUUUCUUCGCUGUCAACAGCUUUGCAUUAUUCCCGCACUCACAAAAAAGCUCUGCUGUCAUCGUCAGAGAGGUCUAAACAGGAUUUAGAAUUCAGACUUCAGCAGCCAAUUCCUUUGGGGGAAAUUCAUGCUACCUCUAGUCAGCAAAAGAAAGAGAAGGGUCAUUCAAGCUACUUCAGCGUAGCUGGUCAACAGAAACGUCCUGGUGAGUGUAGACAGACAGAUGAAACAAGGCCUGAAAGCAACGGAAGUGCCGCUGAGUCUCCAUGUGCCAGUGGAUCAAGUGUUCCGCAAAUGGAAGCCAGGAAGUCGCCUCUCACUGCCUUUGCCCACCACAGGAAAGGCCCAUCACAGGAAAAUGCAGGAAAAGCUCGACAACCCAGGAACGAGUGCAUACCAACCUUCUUUUGUGGCCAUUGCUUCAAGAGUUACAGAUUGUUGAAGCCUCUUAUAACACACCAAAAAACUGUUCAUUGUGGACUGCCGUUUGCCAUUAGGAAGCUGCACAUGGAGAAGCUAGAAGACAUCACAAAUGAUGAUGUAGUCCAGAAGUACAAAGACAUGGGCACUACGGAAAAUGCCCAGCCUGGUGACUCUGUUUUAGAUUGGGAGGAGGCUUGUAAGGUGCCUAGUAGCGACGACACUGACGAUGCUGACUUUGAACAGAGCAGUUGUGAAAGUGAAAACGAUUCCAAGGUAAAACGCAAAUGGCGGCGCAUUAAAUUAGUGUCUAGUGAAUCUGAGGAUGACGAGGCCUCUAAUGCCUCCGAACUUAGUAGUCGUGAAGGAUUUUCUUACUACGGGAAACCAGUGGAACCUAUUGACUUCAAGAAUACUUAUGUCCGAUUCUAUGAUGGUGACUUUCGCAUUGUGUACGACCAGUUAGCAGGCAUUGUCGAUGUUUGUCCUAUUGUGCUGGUGCGCAAAGAAAGUAUAAUGUAAAGUUAACCUUUGCUGCCUUUGUUACAUCAUUCUGUGUUGAAGUAACAAAUGUCUCAUACUGGUUCUUGAAUGCUUGUUAUUUAUUCAACAUUUAAAUGUGGUAAAUUCAUUAGUGUUCCAGCUAGUACAAGUUUACUGUACCACAGGCCAGCAAAAUUCUGUUCCUCUUUUGUUAAGCACUUUCUGUUGUACUCUUUAAGACUAUAUAGCUUAGCUGCUGUCAACAUGUUGGUGCAGUUUUAAAAUAAAUCAGUGAACUUGAGCAGCAGUUCCAAUUUGACGCUGCAAUAUGUGGGUUUCAUUGAACAUGUUCAGGAAAGCAAUUGGAUGUACCCAUAAUGGCAUAUGUGCUUUGAAUUGUGUCCACUUUUUAAUUUAAAGUGUAAACUUUCAUAAGUAUGUGAUGUAACCCUUCUCCAUAUGUGAAAAUUUGUUUUGCCCCUGGUGUCGCGCUCCGACAUAUAUUUGAUUGCGAAAUUUGCUUAAGGUGAUGCAUCUCUCGACUAUCAGGUGAACAAGCAGUCACUAAUCUUAUGAGUCAUGGAGGACCCAAGCUGUACGCUUUGAACAAAGUAGCUUCACAAGCCCACAUCGGAUUAUGUGUGCGUUUGUCUGUCUAUAUAUAUAUAUAUAUACUGCAAGUGUCAGAAGACGGACUUACUGGUGUGGUUUUACACAGUAGCCACAAGGGAACCUUAGGUGUCUCAGCAUAAGGAAAACAAGAAAAUAUAUUGUUGCACUAUUAGCAUUCUCAGAAAUUGAGCAGCAGCUUUUUGGGAUCAAUGCAUGUGAAUAUUGCAGGUGUAUGGUGUUUACCACAUUGCACUGUGGAAGCAGUAUAUUUUGUAUAUUGAAGAUUUGUACGAUAAAAAACGCCUCCAGAA